CAUUCUACUUUGCAGAAGGAGGAACUGAGUCUGGGGCACGGGCUCCAGCCUCCCCCCAGGGUUGCAGUUCAAACUUUCCAUGAUUAGCUCCUUCCUUCUCUCUAAGAUCUCACCUCUCACCGGAAGGCAGCUGCAGGCCUCUCAGGGCAUCCACUGUUAAACUCUGUGAAAUUCGGCAUAUGGGUGUCAGGUAUUUCUUACUGGCUUCCAAAAAAAACAUAGAUAAAGAAAUCUUUCCUGCAGCAUUUUCAAGCUGCAUUCAGAAGCUCUGUUAAGGUGAAAGACUUGCUGGAGGGUGGCAGCAAAACAGCAGAGGGAAAGAGUGAAAGAUGUCCCGGAGCCAGCAGCACCUGCAGCGGCUGGACGUUGGUCACCCUGCUUGCUCCAUGCUUGAGCCAAAGCAACUUCUUGUCCAUUGAGAGUGCGUGCCGGUGGGGAUCAUGCUGCUCCUACUCAGCCUUCUGCUGCUGGUAGUUUUUAAGUUUAGUUUUGUUAGUGUCUUAGCCCAGCAACGCUGGAACUGUCCUGAAGGUCCCCUCCUGAGAAAUGGGACUUCCACCUGUGUCGGUCCUGCACCUUUCUUAAUUUUCACCCAUGGAAACAGCAUCUUUAGGAUUGACCCGGAAGGAACCAAUCAUGAGCAAUUGGUGGAGGAUGCUGGUGUCUCAGUGAUCAUGGAUUUUCAUUACAAAGAGGAAAGAAUCUACUGGGUAGAUUUAGAAACAAAACUUCUGCAACGAGUUUUUCUGAAUGGGUCAAGGCAAGAGAAAGUGUGCAAUAUAGAGAAAAAUGUUUCUGGAAUGGCGAUAAAUUGGAUAAAUGAAGAAGUUAUUUGGUCAAAUCAACAGGAAGGAAUCAUUACAGUAACAGAUAUGAAAGGAAACAAUUCCCACAUUCUUUUAAGCACCUUAAAACAGCCUGCAAAUAUAGCAGUUGAUCCAGUUGAAAGAUUUAUAUUUUGGUCUUCAGAGGUGGCCAGCAGCCUUCACAGAGCAGAUCUCAGUGGUGUAGAAGUGAAGACCCUGUUCAUGACAUCAGCAAAAAUAAUAGCUAUGUCACUGGAUGUGCUCGAUAAACGUCUCUUUUGGAUUCAGGAAAAUAGAGAAGGAAGCAAUUCUCAUAUUUGUUCCUGUGAUUAUGAUGGAGGUUCUAUCCAGCUUAUCAAACAUCCAGCACAGCACAGUUUCUUUGCAAUGUCCCUUUUUGGUGACCGUAUCUUCUAUUCAACAUGGAAAAAGACGGCAAUUUGGAUAGCCAGCAGACACACUGGGAAGGAUAUGGUUAGAAUUAACCUCAAGCCAUCAUUCAUACCACCUGGUGAACUUAAAGUGGUGCAUCCGCUUGUACAGCCCAAGGCAGGUGACAACGCUCAGGACUCUGAGCGGGGACUUUGCAAGCUGAAAAGAAGAUCCUGUGAAAGCCGCCAGUGCCGGCGAGACCCGAAGUCUGAGUCAUGCGCAUGCGCGGAGGGCUACGUGCUGAGCCGAGACCGGAAGUCCUGCGAAGAUGUCAACGAAUGUGCCUUUUGGAACCAUGGCUGUACUCUUGGGUGUGAAAACAUCCCUGGAUCGUAUUAUUGCACAUGCCCUGCAGGAUUCAUUUUGCUUCCUGAUGGGAAACGAUGUCAUGAAUUAGUUUCCUGUCCAGGCAAUGUAUCUGAGUGCAGCCAUGACUGUGUUCUGACGUCAGAUGGUCCCCUGUGUUUCUGUCCUGAAGGCUCCGUGCUUGAGACAGAUGGAAAAACAUGUAGUGGCUGUUCGUCACCUGAUAACGGUGGCUGUAGCCAGCUCUGCAUUACACUCAGCCCGGUGUCCUGGGAGUGUGGUUGCUUUCCUGGGUAUGACCUACAACUGGACCAGAAAAGCUGUGCAGCUUCAGGACCACAACCGCUUUUGCUCUUUGCCAAUUCUCAAGAUAUUCGACACAUGCACUUUGAUGGGACGGAUUAUGGAAUCCUGCUCAGUCAGCAGAUGGGAAUGGUUUUUGCACUAGAUUAUGAUCCAGUGGAAAAUAAGAUAUAUUUUGCCCACACAGCCCUGAAGUGGAUAGAGAGAGCAAAUAUGGAUGGGUCCCAGCGAGAAAGGCUCAUUGAGGAAGGAGUAGAUGUACCAGAAGGUCUUGCUGUGGACUGGAUUGGCCGCAGAUUCUACUGGACAGACAGAGGGAAGUCUGUCAUUGAAGGAAGUAAUUUAAAUGGAAAGCAUCGACAAGUAAUCAUUAAGGAAAAUAUCUCUCAGCCACGAGGAAUUGCUGUUCAUCCAAUGGCCAAGAGGUUGUUCUGGACCGAUGUGGGAAUGAAUCCACGAAUUGAAAGCUCUUCCUUUCAAGGCUCUGGCCGGCUGAUUAUAGCCAGCUCAGAUCUGAUGGAGCCCAGCGGACUCACUAUUGACUACCUGACAGACACCUUGUAUUGGUGUGACGCCAUGCGGUCUGUGAUUGAGAUGGCCAAUCUGGAUGGUUCCAGACGCCAGAGACUUGCCCAGAAUGAUGUAGGCCACCCUUUCGCCGUGGCUGUGUUUGAGGACCACCUGUGGCUGUCGGACUGGGCCGUGCCGUCGGUAAUGAGGGUGAACAAGAGGACUGGCCAAAACAGGGUACGUCUGCGAGGCAGCGUGCUGAAACCCUCCUCACUGGUUGUGGUUCACCCAUUGGCAAAACCAGGUGCAGACCCCUGCUCGCAUCAGAACGGAGGCUGUGAACACAUUUGUCAGGAGAGGUUUGGAACUGUUCAGUGUUUGUGUCGUGAAGGUUUCAGGAGUGCCCCAGAUGGGAAGAUGUGCCUGGCUCUGAAGAGUCAUCAGCUGUCAGCUGGUGGGGAAGCUGAUCAAAGUAAGCAGGGGACAGCACUGGACAACUUAUCUGGAACUAAGGCACCAGAAGGCAAUGCCACAGAACCUGAGCACAUGCUAGUGGCUGAAAUCAUGGUGUCAGAUCAGGAUGAGUGCACCCCGGCAGCCUGUGGCGUGCACGCUCGGUGUGUUUCAGAGGGAGACAGCACCACGUGCCAGUGUUUGGAAGGGUUCUCUGGGGAUGGAAAACUAUGUACUGAUAUAGACGAAUGUGCAAUGGAUGGCACCGCCUGCCCUUCCUCCUCCAAGUGCAUCAACACAGAAGGCAGCUACGUGUGCAGGUGCUCGGCUGGGUACCAUGGAGAUGGGCUUCACUGUCUUGAUGUUGAUGAGUGCCAGCUGGAAGUGCACAGCUGCGGGCCGGGUGCCAGCUGUACAAACACAGAGGGUGGCUAUACCUGCUUCUGUGCCGGUGGCCCGUCUGAGCCUGAGCUGCCCUGUACGGACUCUAACUCACCCCCUCCCCUUGGGGAAGAUGGCAGCAGUCUGGUCAGAAAUGGUUACCCAGAGUGUCCCCCCUCACACGACGGGUACUGCCUCCACGGUGGAGUGUGCAUGUAUGUCGAAGCAGUAGAUACCUAUGCCUGCAAAUGUGUCAUUGGCUAUGUUGGGGAGCGAUGCCAGCACCGAGACCUGAGAUGGUGGGAGCUGCGCCACGCCGGCCACGGGCAGCAGCGGGACAUCACGGUGGCCGCCGUCUGUGUGGUGGCACUCGUCCUCCUGCUCGUCUUGGGGCUGUGGGGGGCGCACUAUUACAGGAGGAAGAAGCUGGCACUGAAAAACCCAAAGAAUCCUUAUGAAGAGUCGAGCAGAGAUAUGAGUGGUGGGAGGCCUGCUGAUAGUGAGGGUGGGAUGUCUUCCUGCCCUCAACCUUGGUUUGUGGACUUAAAGGAAGAUCAAAACUUCAGGAAUAUGAGUCAUCCUAUGUCUGGCAAUGGCCAAAUGGCAAAUAUUGGCCAGUUUUCUUCUCUGGAGCCUGGGUCAGGACAACCACCUUUGCGGAGACAGGAGCACCACAUACGUGGAAUGGGCACAGAGCAAGGCCACUGGGUCCUACUGCCCAGCGAUAAGGGACCUGUUCCCCAGGUCGUGGAGCAAAGCUUUCACCUCCCCUCCUAUGUGGCAAAGCCCCUCGCUGUGGGAAUGCAGAAGCCCCAACCUCUCCAGUCAGCUUGACCCAUGAUGCCAAAAGAGAGGCCCAGCUCCAUCUCACCAAAUGGAGCUGACUCCCUGACAGCUGGAAUUCAAAGGAAGGUCAAGAACAAGCCACCAAGUGACAGUGUCUUUUCUUUCAAAACUAGAAGAAUUCUACAGAUUUUGGUUCCAUGGUCUCUAUAGUUGAUCACCUCCUCAGCAGCCUGGAGAUAGAUGCAUAGUUGUGCUUUGUUCCUUCUUUCAAGCACCCCCACUGCACAUUCUCAAAUAAGGAUAAUCAGGAGAAUCACGAGGUCAUGCAUCAGAGACAGCACUGGGACCACUGUGCUUCACAUACUGCUUGUCUUCAGUAGCUGGUACAAAUAGAUUUUUGGUUUUUCAUGCAACCUCAGAAGAAGUCUGGGGUUAAAGUAGGCUAUCACUCUGGUGUAGUUCAUGAUAAAGUCAUUUCUUUCAUCUUGAUCAAGAGAACUUUUAGCUCAGUCUCAAAGGCUGUUUGGAAUAUUAGUUACUGUUAAAACACCUUGCAGCCAUCUGAUUUGCCAUUGCUGUGAUCUAUGCUCAGAAUAUUGCAGAAAGAAUUGUGACAAAGUGAUGAAAGGUAUAAUAACUUAGAGCCUGAUUUCUUCAAAAUUAAAUCACUUAUUUUUAUAUUUUAAAAUCCUUGAAUGAAAACAUUUAAUUUUAAAAAUAUUUCCCUAAACUUUCAGUGUUUCUUAAUCAUUAUUGUCCUUUCCAUCUCAGCAUUUGCAGUGAACAUGGUAUAUUCUCCUUUGUGGAAAACAUGAGAUUAUAAUUAAAUUGCCUGAUUGAUUGUCCUGAUGGAUAACAAUCUGUUUCACCUAAUUAUUUAAAUAAAAUCAGUCUAAAACAUCAACAUUUUAUUGUACACUUGGUUAAGUACUCCUUUAUAGUCCAAGGGGUUGUUAGAGCUGAACCAACAUGAUUUGCCAAGCUUGUUACUGUAACUCUGUUUUAAAAAAAAAUUUGGAAACUAUAACUUUAUAAAAUGAAAUUUCACUUAACAUUCUAAUUAAAUAUUUUCCUUACAGCCCAGGUAUUGUUACUACGGAUAACACAACCUGCCUAAUACAGAAAUUUUGGAUUAUUUGGAGCAUGGGAUUUUUCAGUUUAUAUAUAAACUAGACCCCUUGCUUAUCCUUAUCUUUCAUUUCUCCUUAACUCCUAGGACUUUGAUUAUACUAGAAACCCCCCUAAAAAGAAUUGAACCACAGGUUUCCAAGUACAUACAUUACAGAAAUUUUGUAAAGGUUUGGUUAUACCUAGGAUGACUUGAGGUUUGCGGAUAUUAGCUAAUUAUUCAGUGUGACAUCUUUCCUUCAGCUAAUUUUGACUUUUUGGUAGUUUUAUUUAAUUUGUAAUUGAUAUCCGGAGGAUCACAAGACACGUCUUUUCUUUCUGAGGAGUGAACUGACCUCAGAAAAACAAUAGCUGUAUUUUCCCCUAGUUUCUCUUGCCUUAAAUGUGAAAUUCUCUUUCCCCCAAAAGUGAAUAUUUUUCAAUCCUUAAGAGUUUGGGUUACAUUUUGGUACUUCAGCAUCUCUUUUAGGUUUUUAGUGAUAACUAAAUAAAUGACAAGAGACCAUGGUAAUAUAUAACAAACAUAACUAUUAUCUUUGAAGCAGAAAAUCUGUUUGCUUUGAGCUUUUCAGUGACUAAUAACUUAGAAAUUGAGAACAUUUUAAGUCCUUGGCCAAGACUACUUUGAUAGUUUCCUGGCCAGAUUAAAGAAAAAGCACAUUCUGUGUUCUUUAGUAAAAAAAUCACCUGAACAGGUGUCUUCCUUUCUUGCACCUUCAAAUCUCCCCCAGAAAUGUUCUCCUCUAUUUAAAAAUCUAAGUUUACAAAGAGCAUUUUCAUCUAAGAUAUUUUAUUUUCAUUUUUCCAGAUGAAGUAUCUUUUCUUCCAGCUCUCAUGGUCUUAUUAUACACAAUGCCUAAUUGAAUUCUGCUUGACUAAAUGUCACUUAUUCCGUAUGAAAUGAGCCUUUGACCCUCUCUUGGACACUUAAGGAUCUUAAUACACUGAAUUCUUUUGAAUCCACAUGGUUCUGGUUCUACCUAUUAGCUUUGAUUUCAACUAAUUCUCUUUUUGUGUAAAUAAAUGAUUAGUGUAUGAUAA